AUGUCAGAUUCCAACACAACUUACUUCACCAACCCCUCCACCUUCAUCCUACUUGGCAUUCCUGGCCUGGAGGCAGCCCAUGUCUGGAUCUCCAUUCCACUCUGUGCUAUGUACGCCAUAGCCGUGUUGGGGAACUUCACCAUCCUGCUCAUCGUGAAGAGGGAGCCGAGCCUCCAUGAGCCCAUGUACUAUUUCCUUUGCAUGCUGGCCGUCACUGACCUGCUCAUUUCCACAUCCACCCUGCCCAAAAUGCUGAGCAUCUUCUGGUUCAAUUCCAGGGAGAUCAGUUUCAGUGCCUGCCUCACCCAGAUGUACUUGGUUCGCUCCUUCUCAGUGAUGGAGUCUGGAAUCCUUGUUUCCCUGGCUUUCGAUCGCUACGUGGCCAUCUGCCAUCCUCUGAGACAUUCCACCAUCCUGACAAACUCUGUUGUAGCCAAGAUAGGCCUGGUCUUGGUGCUGCGCUGUGGCAUACUCACAUUACCCUAUCCCUUCCUGGCGAGGCAGUGGCCAUAUUGCAGAACCAACAUCAUCCCACACUCCUACUGUCGGUUUAUAGCUGUAGUGAACCUGGCCUGCGCUGACAUCCACAUCAGUAGUUACUAUGCCCUGUUUUACCUUUUCUCUGUGAUUGGAAUGGAUGUGUUUUUUAUCGCUGUGUCCUAUACUCUGAUCCUCCGGGCCAUCUUCCGUCUGCCCACAAAGGAUGCCCGGCUCAAAACUUUUGGGACCUGCAUCUCUCAUCUUUGUGCCAUCUCAGCGUUUUAUAUCCCAGAUUUCAUCUCCGCUUUCAUGCAGAGAUUUGGCCACAAUGUGCCACUGCAUUUCCUCGUUCUCAUUGCCAAUGUUUACCUCCUGGUGCCUCCCGUGCUACACCCCAUCAUUUAUGGGGUGAGGACCAAACAGAUCCGAGGCAGGAUGCUCCACCUCUUUACACAUAAAGAGACCGAAAAGUUUCCUCCUUGUGCUCUGGCUCUCAGAUUGAGCUCUGUGCAUGAUGCUGUGGCCUCUUCCCUGAAUCACUUACUGUACAGAUAG